AUGCAUCAAAUGCGGAGAGACCUCAAAGAUUCAAAGCAUGAUCUGGAGGCUCUCCAUCGAUACACCUCAGGUCGAUGGCUCUGGAAUGAGCACCAGCAACUUGCAUGCCGCUACGUGAAGUUUGAUAUGUCAAGGCUUUUGGAACUUGCUGUUUCUCUCAUCGGAUCGAAAUACUGUGUCGAAGUUGUUAAGAUUUCAGAGGGCCAGUAUAACAAAGUGUUCCUGCUUACCAUGAAUGAUGGACGUGAGGUGAUUGUCAAACUGCCGAAUCCCAAUGCAGGCAGACCGUGCUUCACUACAGCCAGUGAGGUUGCGACCAUGGACUUUUUGAGAAACAUCCUCCAUCUUCCAGUUCCGAAGGUCUAUGCAUGGAGCUCGAAAGCGUCAGAGAACCCAGUUGGAGCAGAGUAUAUCAUCAUGGAAAAGCAAGCUGGCGUGAUGCUGAGCGAUGUGUGGGAAAGCAUGAAAGGAAAGCAGAAAGCCCAUAUUGUGCUACAAGUUGUUGAUUUUGAGAAAACCCUCACUUCAACAAAAUUCACGAAGGUUGGAGCUUUGUACUACAAGGACGACCUCCCUGCAAUGCUUGAUACCUCGUCACCAUUAUAUGUCGACAAAGAUGGGAAGGAGGUACACAGUGCGAAGUUUGGCAUUGGACCCACCAACCAUCGUUCAUUUUUCGAUUUUGGGAGGGGGAAACUGGACAUUGAUCAUGGACCAUGGUCUACACCUGCGGAAUUCAUGAUUGCCAUUGCGCAUCGAGAAAUUCUCUGCGCAAGGGCGCGACUCAGAUACCCAUUGAUGCCCGAAGGCCUUUUCUAUGGACCCAGACAAUACCAGCCCAGCUCUUCGAAGAAACUGUCCGCAUUGCACAAUUAUCUCAAAGUGGCGCCCUAUGUUCUGCCCGAUAACAGAGCAGCCCUAACACCGGUUUUGUGGCAUGGCGAUUUGCACUUGCAAAAUAUUUUUGUCGAUCCUGGAGAGCCAACCCGUAUACUGGGCAUAGUCGACUGGCAGUGUGUCAGCAUUUGUCCACUUUUCAUGCAAGUCACGCGCCCUGGCUUCCUGGAUUACAAUGGCCCGGCUCCUGAAGGACUUCGACAGAUCCAUCUCCCUGGGAACUUUGACUCCAUGACCUCAGACGAACAACGGAACGCAAAAGCAUUGCAUCAAGCACAGACACUACACAAUCUUUACUUGGCUAGAUCCCGUCAAGUCAAUGAAGAAGCCUUCCAGGCCAUGCAGGGCCAAGACACACUCCGUCACCAAGUUAGUGUUAUUCCGGGUUUGACGCUAAUGGACUACGAACCAUGCCUGAGUAGCUUGCUGAGAGAUGUGGAGAAAAGGUGGCCAGAGAUUGUUGGCAUCGGGACAGAUGGCUUGCCAUUGGUUCCAUGCCCCUUGCAGUUCUCAGCUGCUGAGAUUCAGGAACAGGAACGGGACGAAGAGCUAUGGGCCCAGGGUGUAGGGCUCAUGAACGACUUUAUUAGUGACACAGGAUGUUUCAAACACUGGGAUGGCAAGGUCAGCAAUGCGGAUUAUGAAUCAUCGAAGAGGCAGCUGGCGGAGGGGAUACAACGAUUCUUGGGCCGUGAGGCUAGGAAUGAGGAGGAGUGCAAGGCGUGGCUCAAAGCCCUACCAUUUGUGGAUCAAGAAGAUGAGUGACGCCAUUGGUGAAACAACGAGUCAACAGUUGUGGGCACACCACUUAGUGCCCGAUUCUCUGAAAUGCUGCUGCUAAGGAGGCGUGGAAGGCCAGUUGCACGACAAAUAAUGCUGUUGAUUGGUUUCAACUGGUUACUUUCCUCCAACAUUCGUAGACUUCCUCAACUCAUUCUGACAGAGAGAGUCACAAAUGCACAUCUUGGCGUAUGUAUAUCUGCAGGCUGACGGAACGGCCCGGAAUUCCACAUGGUUGGCUCGACUGGUCCACGAGUAGCUCGUUUACGUCGAGAAAUGAAUGGGGUAGAAAUGCGGCAACGCGUACUCCAGAAAGGGAGGACAGCACUUCACUGGGUGGUUCUGGGAAGGCUGUUUGGCCAGCAGCGCGUCGGACUUCGCAACGGCCUGUGCUUUGUUGUUUGAGAUUUUUGAUCUCUUGUUUCAUAGAUUUUUGCCAAAACUCUCUCAUUUUUUCUGAUUUAUUGACAGCAUUUCUAUAUUCCUUAGAUAAUUCUCUCACUUCGAUAUAAUUAAAUAGUUUCAAGAAGUUAAUUCCUAC